AUGAAAUUCCGUGUUGGUUCAAGACCCGAAGCAAUAUACAACUAUGUUCAGCGUCCCUUCUUGCGCAUGUCGUGGGAGCAAGAGGAGAAUAAGUCGCGUCAUGUGGACUUUCAGUGUGUGAAGAGCAAGUCGGUAAGCGACCUUACCAGCCUUGACCAAGCUGUCAUCGACCGUCCACUCUUGGCCUCUGCUGCUGCCGCCACCGGUGUCAAUAACUCACCUUCGCCCUCACAAAAUAUGGAUGGCGGUGGUGCUGGCGAAGGAGGUGAUGGAGUGACGGUCGAUCCCAUACCGCCUCGUUUCUCACCAUCCCUGCCUCAUCACCACCACCACCUUCAUGCGCCACGAUAG